CAGUCCAUCUCCGCCACCCCAUCGCCUGCUCCACUUCACGACUCGUGUACCCAAAUCACCUUAAAUCACAGCUUAUACCCUCACAACCUGCCCACCCACCAUGGCUGUCCCGGAAACGAGCUCGCGGAUAGCGGAGGCGCAGAAGCUGGCCAAGUCGGAUCCCUCCAAGGCCGAGCAGAUCUUCAAAGACGUCCUGUCGCAAGACCCAGGCUCGAAUGAGACGGCCAUCAAGAACUAUGAGAGCGCUCUAAUCGGGCUCGGUGAGCUCUACCGCGACCAGAAGCGGGUGGACGCGCUGGCGGAGCUCGUGAAGCAGGCGCGGUCGAUAAUGUCGUCCUUUGCGAAGGCGAAGACAUCCAAGCUGGUCCGACAACUACUCGACCUAUUUACCGCUAUCCCCAACACCGCCGAUAUCCAGAUCGAUGUCACCAAGUCGUGCAUAGAGUGGGCUGUAUCAGAGCGGAGAGGUUUCCUUCGACAGAAUCUAGAAACCCGACUCGUAUCCCUGUACAUGCAGAAGCAAUCCUACUACGAAGCCCUCACACUCAUCAACAGCCUACUGAAGGAGUUGAAGCGCUUGGACGACAAGUUGGUCUUGGUCGAGGUUCAGCUGCUCGAAUCAAGGGUCUACCACGCAUUGGGCAACAUACCAAAGGGUCGCGCUGCCCUCACGUCCGCACGAACAUCGGCUGCUUCGGUCUACACUCCGCCUCUACUGCAGGCUGGUCUCGAUAUGCAGAGUGGCAUGCUGCACGCAGAGGACGGCGACUUCAACACCUCCUUCUCCUACUUCAUCGAAGCCAUGGAGGGAUACCACUCACAGGACGAAGAGCAGAAGGCCACUUCGGCACUCCAGUACAUGUUGCUCUGCAAGAUCAUGCUCAACCUCGGAGACGACGUCACCUCGCUCAUGACCUCCAAGCACGCUGUCAAGUACGCAGGCAAGCGAUUAGAAGCCAUGAAGGCGGUAGCGAGAGCACACACCAACCGCAGUCUCGAAGAGUACGAAACCGCCCUGACCGACUACCGCCAGCAGCUAGGCAGCGACCGAUUCAUCACCUCCCACCUCCGACGCCUAUACGACAACAUGCUGGAGCAGAACCUGAUCAAGGUCAUCGAGCCUUUCAGCAGGGUAGAGAUUGACCACGUCGCCAAGAUGGUCGGUCUCGACACGAUACAGGUUGAGCGCAAGCUCUCGCAGAUGAUUCUCGACAAGGUCAUCAUCGGAGUUCUGGAUCAGGGUGCCGGUUGUCUCAUCGUAUACGACGAGUCGGAGCGAGACCAGGGCUACGACGCGGCAUUGAGUACUCUCGAGAAGCUGAGCAACGUGGUUGAUGUACUUUACACCAACCAAGCCUCUCUGUUGGAGUAAGAUGUAGAAGUGGGAACUUUGACAGCUCCCGAAGCUAUGUACAACAAAACCAUAGAUGGUUAGGUAUGCCACACGUCCAAUGCGACUAGCUAAUAACGAUGACAUAUGAUAUGGCAAACCUUCCGGGGCAAUUGUGCGCGCAGAAGUGGUGUUAACCUCGGUCUGCCCAAGCACAGCAGCAUAACAACGCGUAGCACUUGUAUUUUCAACCGGCUAUACAUCGGCAAACCACCAUGUCACCCUUGCUUCUUUUUCUCGAAUAAAUUGUUGUGUACUAUCCGGCAUGGGAAUGGCAGCCUUACCGA